AUGGCCUCCUCCGGCAGCAGCCGGCCGACGCAGCCCCCGCGGUCGGAGGCGAUGAGCAAGAAGGCGAUGGCGCAGUACACGGCGGACGCCCAACUCCACGCCGUCUACGAGCAGUCCGGCGAGUCCUUCGACUACUCCCAGUCUGUCCGGGUGGCGACGCCGUCGCAGUCGGUCCCGGAGAAGCAGAUCACCGCCUACCUCUCCAAGAUCCAGCGCGGCGGCUGCAUCCAGCCCUUCGGCGCCACCCUCGCCGUCGACGAGCAUUCCUUCCGCCUCCUUGCCUUCUCCGAGAACGCCCCCGACCUCCUCGACCUGCCCCACUCCGUCCCCUCCCUCGACCCUUCCUCCCCUCACCGCCGCCUCGCCCUCGGCUCCGACGUCCGCUCCCUCUUCACCCCCUCCUCCGCCAUCCUCCUCGACCGUGCCGCCUCCGCCCGCGAGAUCACCCUCCUCAACCCCCUCUUGAUCCACUCCCACUCCUCUGGCAAACCAUUCUACGCCAUCCUCCACAGGAUCGAUGUCGGAAUCGUCAUCGACCUCGAGCCCGCACGCAGCGAGGACCCCGCCCUCUCCGUCGCCGGCGCCGUCCAGUCCCAGAAGCUCGCCGUACGGGCAACCUCCCGCCUCCAAUCCCUCCCGGGCGGAGACAUCAAGCUCCUCUGCGACACCGUCGUCGACCUCGUCCGCGAGCUCACCGGCUACGACCGCGUCAUGGUCUACAGGUUCCACGAGGACGAGCACGGCGAGGUCGUCGCGGAGAACCGCCGCGACGACCUCGAGCCCUACCUGGGCCUCCACUACCCUGCCACCGACAUCCCUCAGGCCUCCCGCUUCCUCUUCAAGCAGAGCCGCGUCCGGAUGAUCGCCGACUGCAACGCCACCCCCGUCCGGGUGAUCCAAGACGAGAGCCUGAUGCGGCCGCUCUGCCUCUCGGGCUCCACCCUCCGUGCCCAGCUUGGCUGCCACGCCCAAUACAUGGCCAACAUGGGCUCCAUCGCCUCCCUCGUCCUGGCCGUCGUCAUCAGCGACAGCAGCGACGACGUCGGCAUCAACCGCAGCGCCACCAAGCUCUGGGGCCUCGUCGUCUGCCACCACACCUCCCCCCGCUGCAUCCCCUUCCCGCUACGCUACGCCUGCGAGUUCCUCAUGCAGGCCUUCGGCCUCCAGCUGAACAUGGAGCUCCAAUUGGCCUCGCAGUUGUCCGAGAAGCACAUCCUCAGGACCCAGACCCUGCUCUGCGAUAUGCUCCUCCGUGACUCGCCCACUGGAAUCGUCACUCAGACCCCCAGCAUAAUGGACCUCGUCAAGUGCGAUGGAGCGGCGCUGUAUUACCAGCGGAAGUACUGGCCUCUCGGCGUCACUCCGACGGAGGCUCAGAUAAAGGAUAUUGUGGAAUGGCUGUUGGCCUGCCAUGGCGAUUCUACGGGGCUGAGCACCGACAGUUUGGCGGAUGCUGGCUACCCGGGGGUGGCGGCGCUCGGGGAUGCGGUCUGUGGGAUGGCCGUGGUAUAUAUCACGCCGAGGGACUUCUUGUUUUGGUUCCGAUCGCACACUGCUAAGCAGAUCAAGUGGGGUGGUGCGAAACAUCACCACGAUGAGGACAAGGAUGAUGGGCAGAGGAUGCACCCUCGGUCGUCAUUCAAGGCGUUCUUGGAGGUGGUCAAGAGCAGGAGCUCUCCGUGGGAGAAUGCGGAGAUGGACGCCAUACACUCAUUGCAGCUCAUUCUAAGGGAUUCUUUUCGGGAAGCCGGGGAGGGGACUAGUGGUUCGAAGGCCAUGAUCAAUAGUCAGUUCGGGGAAGUGGAGUUGCAAGGAAUAGAUGAGCUCAGCUCCGUUGCGGGGGAGAUGGUUAGAUUGAUUGAGACCGCAAUUGCACCCAUUUUUGCGGUUGAUGCCGAUGGGCGUAUAAAUGGUUGGAACGCGAAGGUUGCUGAGUUGACAGGGCUGCCGGUGGAGGAAGCUAUGGGUAAAUCACUGGUCAAGGAUCUUGUCUUCAAGGAGUCUGCAGAUGUUGUCGACAACCUUUUCUAUCGAGCCUUGAGAGGUGAAGAAGAUAAGAAUGUGGAACUAAAGCUGAAGACAUUUGGCUCGCAGCAUUCGAUGAAUGCUAUUUUUCUCAUAGUAAAUCCUUGUUCUAGCAGGGAUUUCACAAACAAUAUCGUAGGUGUGUGCUUUGUUGGCCAGGAUGUUUCGGGACAGAAACUGGUCAUGGAUAGAUUCAUUCGCAUACAAGGUGAUUAUAAGGCUAUCGUACAUAGUCCUAACACUCUGAUUCCCCCUAUAUUUGCUUCGGAUAGGAAUUCAUAUUGCUCAGAGUGGAAUACAGCAAUGGAAAGACUAACCGGUUGGUCCAGAGAGGAAAUGAUCGGAAAGCUUCUCGCCGGAGAAGUUUUCGGCAGCUGCUGUCGACUCGAGGAUCCAGAUGCACUUACAGAAUUCAUGGUUGUCCUUCACAAUGCCAUUGGAGGACAGGAAACAGACAAGCACCCGUUUGCAUUCUUUGACAAGAAUGGAAAAUUUGUACAGGCGCUUCUGACAGCAAAUACAAGAGGUAAUGUGGAUGGCCAGGAAGUUGGUGCCUUUUGCUUGCUGCAGACAGCUAGCCCUCAAUUGCAGCAGGCUCUUGAAAUCCAGCGGCAGCAGGAGAAGAAAUGCUAUGCAAGUAUGAAAGAGCUGGCUUAUAUUUGCCAAGAGAUGAAAAAUCCACUUGCUGGUAUUCGGUUUACAAAUUCGCUGUUGGAGAUGACAGAUUUAAGUGAUGAUCAGAAGCAAUUCCUUGAGACUAGUGGCUCCUGUGAGAGACAGAUGAUGAAGAUUAUGGAGGACACAAAUCUACAAAGUAUUGAGGAUGGCUCGUUGAUGCUCCACAAAGGUGAAUUUCUGCUUGGAAGUGUUAUAAAUGCUGUUGUUAGCCAAGUGAUGAUUUUGCUAAGAGAAAAAGGUUUACAAUUAAUUCGGGAUAUUCCUGAAGAAAUUAAAAUGAUUUCUGUAUAUGGGGACCAAGUCAGAAUUCAGCAAGUCUUGGCUGACUUUUUGCUGAACAUGAUGCGGCAUGCACCAUCACCAGAUGGUUGGGUGGAGAUCCACGUUAGACCAAGUCUGAAGCAGAAUUCUGAUGGAACAGAAGUGGUGUUUUUCCAAGUCAGGAUUGUUUGCCCUGGUGAUGGCCUUUCACCAGAACUAGUGCAAGAUCUGUUCCAUAACUCCAGAUGGGUGACCCAGGAAGGCAUUUGUCUGAGCAUAAGCAGGAAGAUCUUAAAACUGAUGAAGGGGGUAGUACAGUAUAUCAGGGAGUCAGAGAGAUGUUACUUCCUCAUCUCUAUGGAACUUCCCACUUGUCAGAGUUGAAAGCAGAGGUAACUAAUCCAGUCAGAGGCAUGUCAUUCUCACUAACUGACACUAUAUUAAGCUGCAGCACUAAUAAAUCAUGCUUGGUGCUCUGGUGCCAUGAGCUAGCCCCAAAAGCUGGGGGCGUCUAAUUAGCAAACUGCUCAGAACCUCUCCAUUCACAUCAGGAACUUCAUUAGCUGACUGGGACACUGUUAUUGUCAGUGCUGUUGUAUGAACAGUUGCUUUCCCAAUUUUGCAUAAGCUUGUUCCAAGAUUAUU